GGAGCCGGAGCCGCGGCGGCGAGGGGAAGGAGAUGAUAGAUAGAAAUGAAUCCUGUACUGCGGGACAGAUCCCCAUGUCCUACUUUACCUGCCUGGCUUAUUUGCUGAGAGAAUGGACUGGCGUGGAGCACAUCGAGGACUACCUGAGCUACGCAGCCUACCUCCUGUGGCUGUUUUUUCCUCUUAUGGUAGUUUUUCUACUUCCUGGAGUUGUCCUCCUCUUCAUCUACGUUUCCGUUAUCUUUGUUCAUAUUUAUAAAAGGAAGAAGGAAUUAAAGGAAGCUUAUUCCCAUGAUUUUUGGGAUGGUGCAAAGCAAAUGUUGGCUACCCUAUGGGAUGGACAUGCAAGAAUAUGGCAUGGUUAUGAGCUUCAUGGUAUAGAAAAUAUUCCAGAGGGACCAGGGCUUGUUGUGUUUUAUCAUGGAGCAACUCCUGUUGACUAUAUCUAUUUCAUGGCUAAACUUCUUAUACUGCGGAAGAGAACCUGCCACGUAGUAGCUGAUCACUUCGUCUUUAAAUUACCAGGUUUUAAACUGUUACUUGAUGUACUUGGAGUUAUGCAUGGACCAAAAGAAGAAUGUGUGAGUGCUCUGAAGAAGGGCCACCUGGUAGCCAUUUCCCCCGGUGGAGUUCGGGAAGCGCUUUUCAGUGAUGAAACCUAUGUCAUUAUGUGGGGUAACCGAAAGGGCUUUGCUCAGGUGGCCAUUGAUGCAAAAGUGCCCAUCAUUCCUAUGUUUACACAAAAUGUUCGAGAAGGCAUUAGGACAUUAGGAGGAAUAAAAAUAUUUAGGUCACUGUAUGAACAUCUUAGAUUGCCAAUAGUUCCUAUGUAUGGUGGAUUUCCAGUCAAGCUCCGUACGUUUAUUGGCGAUCCUAUUCCAUAUGAACCAAAUGUAACUGCUGAGGAACUAACUGCGAAGGCAAAAGCUGCAGUCCAGUCUCUAAUAGACAAACAUCAGAAAAUACCUGGAAACGUAUUUAGGGCUUUAAUGGAACGAUUUCAUACACGACAAAAAGAAGAUUAAGGUGCUCUGAAUAAACUGCUCUUUAGUUAUAAUGUUCUCAAAGUCAUAUUUGUAACUUAUUAACUCUUCUUAUAACAGAAAUGUAAGUAUAAAAUACUGCCUUAGUGAUACUGCUGUGUAAUUGGUGAUAUAAGACACUUUGCUUUUGCUCUUCCUCUGUUCAACUUCAAGCUCAGGAAGUCAUUCAUAAUGGGACAAAAUUCAUUUUUGACAAAUACAUUCCUUCCUUAAAAGUGUGGGGUUUUGUUUUCUUUGUAAAAAAUGAUACAGCAAGCUUGAAUGUUCAUGAUAUCUUUUAUAUAUAUAUAUAUAUAUAUAUUUUAAAACCUAUGGUUGCUGUUUAAUGUAAGUGUUACCCAUUCUGACUGCAGUCCUGCAGUAGGAGCGUGGCCCCUAGAACUGGGUUGUGCCAGGCCAGACCCCGCAGCUCUUGGGAAUCCUUCCCUUGGGCUGUUUUUCUGGAGCUUCUGGGAGAGAUGGUACGGGCGAGCAGCGAUCCUUCUGUGCAGAACCCUCGGCUGUACGUGGAAAAUCUGGGAAAUUCCUUCCUGUAAGGGGGGAAGUUUUGCUGGGCAUGCUCAGAAGAGUCUGUAGCAGUGGAGACUGAGCAAAACCCUGUGGUGAACGGAGCAGCUCUGUGCCAGAAGUGCUCCCGAGCAGCCGGCUGGAGCCCUGCAGAACAGGGGCUCAUAGAGGCAGAGCCCUGUUCACUGUUUACUGCUGAACAGACUAUUCUCCCACAUACUGAUUGAAUCUGCAGAUUCCCCUUYGACAGAAUGAACCAGGCACUUGUACUUUUGGAAGCGGAAAUGAGGGUCCCAUUUAGUACCAUGCUUCAGUUCAGAAUGCUUUAUUUUGAAGGAAAGAAAAGCAGAAUUAGUACAACUUGUUUCACUUUAAAAAGUAGUAGUUUUGAAAAACAUGGUGGCUCUUCCCARCUACUCUCUAAAUCUAGUGUGUGUGUGCGUGUACACACACGUAAARUCUACUAAACAUCCAUGUUGUUCCAACAGAGUUUUUAUGUAAGUUACUAAAUAGGGUUGAGAGGGUGAGGCUAAACACCUUUCUUAGACAAAAAGCUUUGAAUUGAGCUAAAGCCUGUGCUGUCAUUGUCCAAACAGGAAAUAUCUGAACUAUUUCCUUUGAUUGCCAGCAAAUUUCAUCUGCAGUUCCUAAAUUAACAUCUGGAAACUCUUUAGUUGUGGGAUGAGAUCAGAUUCCUCAAGGAAAGUCAACUAAAAUAAAAAAAAAAACUUUUUUCUUAAUUAGUUGUGUUCAAGUUAUUAUCCUCCAGUCAUUUAGGCACCUGCUUUGCCUUAUACGCCCUCAAUUGUGUAAAUCAGUGGUAUUACAUAAGUGCAUAUGGAUGAUUCCCUACGCUGGAAUAAAAUCACAGUAUGGGGAAGGUUCUAUAAAUUAUGAUUGGCAAUGUCCUCCUCUCCUCSCAAAGUUCACUUAUGUAUCUUUUUAAUAUCCAAAAUAUUUUCUGUGGUGCUAAAGUAAAUGUUUUAAAGCUUGGGAGAAAACUGUGUUUGGUAAAAAGCAAAUGCCCAUUUCCAAGGCUUUUGUUUGCGUGCUUGCUGUUCGUUUUAAUGAUUUGGAUUUUACUGGGAGACAAGAUUUUAUCCUUUGAAGUUGCUGGACCAUAUUUCAAAAAUACUGUGUUAACACAGUAUAUCAUUAAAACAGAGAAUGCCAAAAUACUACAUCUGAGUACAGCCUAAGUAUGACUGUUUUUUU